AUGUCGGACACCGCACAAGUGGCAGGAAAGCGAAAGCGUGCGAGGACCCAGUCGUGCCCCCCGCCCGAGCUACCUCAACUCGUGGCCGAGCAGCAUGCGCCCAUUCCUUCGCACGACAAGGACACCCAGCGUUUGAUCGUGAUUCUCUCGAAUGCCAGUCUGGAGACUUACCGGGCCUCCAGCGGGCGUAGUGGGGCAAAAGAUGAGAAAUACUCGCUGCUGAACAGCGAUGAGCACAUUGGUAUCAUGCGCAAGAUGAACCGCGAUAUCAGCGAAGCUCGCCCGGAUAUCACCCACCAGUGCCUCCUCACCCUCCUCGACUCCCCCGUCAACAAAGCCGGUCGGCUGCAGAUUUUCAUCCACACGGCCAAAGGCGUCCUCAUCGAAGUCAACCCCUCCGUGCGCAUUCCCCGAACCUUUAAGCGCUUCGCCGGCUUGAUGGUCCAAUUGCUGCACCGCCUGUCCAUCCGCUCCACCAACUCGCAAGAGAAGCUGCUCAAAGUCAUCAAGAACCCGAUCACCGACCACUUGCCCCCGAACUGCCGCAAGGUGACUAUGAGUUUCGAAGCACCCGUCGUCCGCACCAAGGACUACAUCGAGUCGCUGGGUCCGCGCGAGAGCAUCGCCAUCUUCGUCGGCGCCAUGGCCAAGGGCCACGAUGACUUUGCUGACUCCUUCAAGGAUGACACCAUCUCCAUCAGCAACUACAGUCUCAGCGCCAGUGUUGCCUGCAGCAAGUUCUGCCACGCGGCCGAGGAGGUAUGGGAUAUUCUGUGA